UAAAUAAACUGAACUUGAACUAUGAAGAUGAAAUAAGAUAAGAUACUGUGAAAAUAAAAAGCUGUAAAAAGUGUUUUKGUUUUAGUUUCUGGGACAGAUUUUUAGGUGAAGUUUUGAAAAGAUAGAAAAGAAACCACCAGAUGAGGUCUGUGGUUGAAAUACUGGCAUCUUUUAUCCUCUAAAUAACCUUUUCUGUCUAUAAUCCAGGUUCUGGUGCUGGCUCAGCAGAUGUUCUAGCUUUGGAUGUUCCUGUUCGACCUUCAGCAGCCCAACGCUCUCACUCAUGAUGAAAACACUGAAUCAGAGCAGACAGGAUGGAACUGGACUCAGACACAAACACUGCUCUGUUUCCAGCCUCAGACUGAGCAGUCACAGCCUCACCUCUCAGGUGAUAUUCUCCUGACUCCUGGAUGAGGCUCUCCUCCUCCUCAGUUGAACCCACAGGAGCAGGCCGUCUUCAGCAGAACGUCGUGACGACCUCCAUCAUCCAUCAGACAGCAGAUGAUGGUGGACUGUGAGCCGAGCUGAACUUUCAGCUCCUAAACUUCUGAGAGAAGAGAGACAGAGAAGUGGACUUGUGUGUGUGUGCCGGUGCUUCAGUACCAGACAGCGUCUUCCUUCAGGUGUCUCCUGACAUCAUGUCUGUGGUGUCGUUACUCAGCUGGACCAUCCUGGUCCUGGUCCAGGUUCUCYGCUGCAGCUCUUCUUCAGAGUCCAGGCUCCAGCCUCUCACCCUGACCGUCCACGCUCAGCACCAGCCUCCGCCGGACGCCGCCUCCAGCUGCCCGUCCUGCGCCCUGGCGCGGGUACGGCGAGGCGAAGGCUCGGUGGAGGGGGAGGCGGCUCAGCAGGACGUGGUGGAGGCGGUGAAGAGGCACAUCCUCAACAUGCUGCACCUGCAGGACCGGCCCAACAUCACCCGGCCCGUGCCCCGCGCCGCCCUCCUCAACGCCCUGCGCAAGCUCCACGUGGGGCGAGUGGCCGAGGACGGCAGCGUGCAGAUCGAGGGGGAGGAGGAGGCCAGAGGGAGGGGAGGCCAGGGGGGAGGAGGAGGGGGCGGAGCCACGGCGGCGGGAAGUCACGCCGGAGACGGCGACGACGUCCAGGAGACGACGGAGAUCAUCACCUUCGCCGAGGCUGGUGACUCUCAGGGCGUGGUGAACUUCGUCCUCUCUAAAGAAGGCGGGGACAUGUCUCUGGUGGAGCAGGCCAACGUCUGGCUCUUCCUGCGACUGGCCAAGACCAACCGCAGCCGGGCCAAGGUCACCAUCCGCCUCUUCCAGCAGCGCCGCCUGCCCAACGGAUGCCCGUCCUCGGCGCAGGACGACGUCCUCCUGGCGGAGAAGAAGGUGGACACGCGCCGCAGUGGCUGGCACACCUUCCCUGUGUCGAAGGCUGUGCAGGCGCUGCUGGAGAGCAGGGCAGGCAGCACGCUGAGCCUCAGGGUGUCCUGCCCGCUCUGCGCCGACACCGGGGCCACCCUGGUCCUGGUCUCAGGCGACUCGUCGCAGCGCGGCGCCCAGCGGGAGCAGUCCCACCGGCCCUUCCUCAUGGCGGUGGUCCGGCAGGAGGACGGCAGCGACUCCAGGCGGCGCAGGAAGCGGGGUCUGGAGUGCGACGGGAAGGUGCGCGUCUGCUGCAAGAGACAGUUCUACGUCAACUUUAAGGACAUCGGCUGGAACGACUGGAUCAUCGCGCCCUCAGGGUACCACGCCAACUACUGCGAGGGCGAGUGCCCGUCUCACGUGGCCAGCAUCGCGGGGUCCACGCUGUCCUUCCACUCCACCGUCAUCAGCCACUACCGCCUGCGGGGCUACAGCCCCUUCCAGAACCUGAGGUCGUGCUGCGUGCCCACCAGGCUACGGGCCAUGUCCAUGCUCUACUACAACGAGGAGCAGAAGAUCAUCAAGAAGGACAUCCAGAACAUGAUCGUGGAGGACUGUGGCUGUUCGUAGACACCCACUGGACUGGACCGGACCGGACCAGUGAGGAGGACCUUUGACUCCAGAGAGGGAGCACAGAGGUGGGGGGUCUGGUGCUCUCCUCCGGGUCACUUUCUGGGAUGGAAGCUCGUCUCCGGACCCUCUGAGCAGAACUCAGAGGGUCCAAACGGCACUUUCUGAAAAAUAAAAAGAUGAUCUAAUAUAUUUUUGUUACGAACUGAAGGAAGAAAUUUUAUUUAUGUGUCUGAGACGUUCAGGCACCGCUCGACUGGUGGGACCAUGGUGGGACCAUGGUUGGAUCAUGGUGGGACCAUGGUGGGACCAUGGAGGGACCAUGGUGGGACCAUGGUGGGACCAUG